AAAAGCUGAAGAGUAUCUGCGGCUGUCCCAGGUGAAAUGCACAGGAUUCAUGGCUCAAAUGACAGCAACAAGCAGCGCUGUGAUGUGCCUGGACCUAGCAGCUAGUUACAUGAAACAACCAGUUGACAAAAGCUGUUUUAUUAAACUCUCCGGUUUGAACAAGAUGACCUACCAGAGCUCCAUGAAAUCUUUGGAGUGUUUGCUAGAGGUGAACCCCAGACUGGGAAUGCGAGACUUGGCUGUGCAAUUCUGCUGCACGGAGGCAGUGAACACUGCUUCAAAAAUACUACAGAGGUAUGAAUCCAGCCUCUCUGAAGCACAGCAAAUGGACCUUGAUUUCUCAAAGCCACUUUUUAUAACAGCUGCACUAUUCACUGCAUGCAGGUGUUUAAAGCUAAAAGUGGACAAAACUAAAAUGUUGGUUACAUCUGGGGUGAAAAAGGCAAUAUUUGACCGUCUGUGCAACCAACUGGAGAAAAUCAGUCAGCAACUCAGCAAAGAAGAUGUUCCGCAGGCUGCAGAGACACCUGAAAGCUUGCAGACCGACCUGAAGCACUGUGAGAGGGAAGAUGCUGAGGAUGAUGAGGAGGUGCCAAGUAAACGGGCAAAGGCUGAAACAAAGCAAGACUAUGAGGAAUGGAAAAAGAAAAUCCUGGAAAAAGCUGCUAAGGCACAAGAAACGAAUGUGGGACUGAAGUUUCUUGUGCUUGUAAGAGGUUCCAAAUAUUCCAAGAAACAAUAA